GGCGGAGGAAGCCGGAGGAGAGGUCCCCCCCGGGACGCGCCCACGCCCUGGCCCCACCCCGCCGCCCACGGAGCCCGGGGCAGGACGGCCUGAGCCCCCCAACAAUCCGUCCUGUCUGGGCAGCCUGGGACCCCGCUGAGUGCGCUGCUUCCCAAAACUGCGCACCGGCCGCAGUCCCGCCUAACAGUUUCAAAGCAUUCCUGCGGGGGGAACACUCAAGGUGUUGCUGUUGUCACCCCUUUUCCACAUUCGGGGGGGAUUGAUUGAAGCCUGAAGAGUUUUUCACAUAACCGGUCCAAGGUCGGCGGAGAGCUAGUGUCAAAACCAAGGUUCCUUCACCAAACCACUCUCUCUCUUCCUUCCCAUCCAACUCCAGGUCUUUUUUCGAUCCUGUUAAAUGGCACAGGCUGGACUUGAGCAGAGGUUUUUGACGUACAGAGUCUUUGUACAUGCUGCAAAGAAAGUUUUACUUUUAUUACGGCGUCCUGCAAAGCAUUUGCUUUAUUGGCCUUGGAGAUGGUUAUGAGUGCAUACAUAAAUGAUGCGGUAGAACAGAUUUUUAUGUAGAAGAUCAGUCCACGUGACCCGAGAGUGCUCUUUGAGGUGGCUUGCAAGAAAAAAAAAAAAAAUUAUGUAGAAGAUUGGUCCAAGUGACCCGUGAGGGCUCUUUGAGGUCGCUUUGAAUGUGCAAAGUUCAGUGGAUAGAAGCUAUUACAGAAGAGACAACAGGUGGUGUGGAAAAGGCUCCAGGACUAAAAAGCUGUGUUGUGAAAUUUCACUCUUGGCUCCGUCAUCCACUGGCUGUGUAGCCCUUCAAGUCACUUAGCCUCUCUGGGCCUCCUUUUCCUGGCAGUAAAACAAUACUUAUAGUGUUUUCCAGCUCGUGUUUCUGAAUCUAUACAUUACAAGUUGAGUAUCCUUCAUUUAAAAUGUUUGGGAACGGGUGUUUUGUAUUUCGUUUUUUUUUUUUUUUUUUUUGAUUUGGGAAUAUUUGCAUAUACAUAAUGAGAUAUUUUAGGGAUGGUACCCAAAUCUAAACACAAAUUCGUCUGUGUUUCUUAUACACCUUAUACACAUAACCUUAGCUUGAAGGUAAUUGUAUACAAUAUUUUUAAUAAUUUGUACAUGAAUUAAAGUUUGUAUACACUGACCUAUCAGAAAGCAAAGGUGUCAAGUGUGGAAUUUUUCACUUGUAAUAUCAUAUCAGUGCUCAAAAAGUUUCAGAUUUUUUAGAGCAUUUCAGAGUUCAGAUUUUCAGAUGAGAGAUACUCAGCUUGUAUCUCUGUUGAUCAUCCGAACAAUCCUGUGCAGAAGAUAGGUAAAGAAUUAUAAACUGUUUUACUAAAGUGGAAAUGGUCCAAAGAAGUUAGGUGACCUUUCACUGCUUGUAAGUGGCAGAGCCAGAAAUGGGAGCCAAGAUAUCUAAGCUCCUAGUCCAAUACCUUUUUCAACCUCCCUGCCAGUUUUGAACUUGAGCAGCCCAUAGAUUUUGGUUAUCCAGUUCUUCAUGUGGUGCCUACUAGAAGUUUAUUUUAUUGGAUAUCAUUGAUUAAGUCAUCCCGAAGCAACCAGUUUAUUUAAGCUUCAGGUAAAUGCCUUCGGUCAAGAUGAAAACGCAGAAUACGAAGGCGGGUGAAUAUUGGGAUUAUAGGAAAUCUGGAAGCUUCAGGAGAGCAAAGAUAACUGCUCACUUUGUUCUUCUUCCAGUGAUUGAGCAGAGCUGAAUGGAAGACAAGCUCAAGAAAACCUGAACAUUUUAAAUGACUGGUUUUCAGAGUGCCUCAAGAUGAAUGUCAGGAGAAAGUUUUUAACUUUGUAAAUUUGUUCCUAACAAUCACUGUUGAACGUGGGGUAUCUUCCCCAACUAUUUCAUAGACCGCUAAAGAAAAUCUAUUGAAUUCCACAAGCAUUUUUUGAGUGCCUAAUAUAUUCAAAACACUGGGUUAAUAGUAGACUACGGCAGUGUUUUUCAGUCUUUUGUUCAUUAUGCCUCCUCCAGAAUACUUUUUAGACGUUGUGUUCUUAAUCCCUCCCCCAGGUGUACUGGUUCAGGUACUGUAUGUAUAUUUGUAUUUUAUUAUUAUAAAAAGAAUAAGAUUCCCCCCAUCCCAAGAACCAAGUUUUGCCCCGUUGCUGGGCACCAUUACCAUUAAAGUAAUGUCCCUAUCAUCAACACUGGGUUCGUUUUUCAUUUGACAGCAGUCUUGGUGAUUCCUGGUCAGGAGGGAUAUAUAAACGUUCCAGGAGACCUGAGCAUAUUUCUGUCUCUGGGCUUUGCUGCCUAAGCUGACUAGGAUCCUGAUUAAAGACCUUUUUGGUGAAGCAAAGAUCCCAAUAAGAACUUAAGACCAAUUUCCUACAGCUUACUAGGAAAGCUGUAUCAUAGUUCUGGAAACAAGUGUGUCACAGUAAUUCUCCCUCAUGGCCUGGUACACGCAAGGAAGAGUAAAAUAAGAAAGCUUGACAUUCUUCUCUGUGAGAUCAAUGCUAAAUAUAUGUGAUCCAAAGGCUAUGAACAUUGAGAUAAAGGACAGUGGGUAAUCGAAAUCCCUCCACCCUGUUAUUCUGGCCCUCUAAUUAGAAUGCAUUUUAGUGUUAUCUCAAUUUUUGUGCCUUUCCCCUCCUCUUUUGUUAUUCACUAUACAGGAAGCAUCCAGGAUGUGGGAACAUUGUGACAUUUGCACAAUUUUUAUUUAUUGCUGUGGAAGGCUUCCUCUUUGAAGCUGAUUUGGGAAGGAAGCCACCAGCUAUCCCAAUAAGGUACUAUGCCAUAAUGGUGACCAUGUUCUUCACCGUGAGCGUGGUGAACAACUAUGCCCUGAAUCUCAACAUUGCCAUGCCCCUGCAUAUGAUAUUUAGAUCGGGUUCUCUAAUUGCCAACAUGAUUCUAGGAAUUAUCAUUUUGAAGAAAAGAUACAGUAUAUUCAAAUAUACCUCCAUUGCCCUGGUGUCUGUGGGGAUAUUUAUUUGCACUUUUAUGUCAGCAAAGCAGGUGACUUCCCAGUCCAGCUUGAGUGAGAAUGAUGGAUUCCAGGCAUUUGUGUGGUGGUUACUAGGUAUUGGGGCACUGACUUUUGCUCUUCUGAUGUCCGCAAGGAUGGGCAUAUUCCAAGAGACCCUCUACAAACAAUUUGGGAAACACUCCAAGGAGGCUUUGUUUUAUAAUCACGCCCUUCCACUUCCCGGUUUCAUCUUCUUGGCUUCUGAUAUUUAUGACCAUGCAGUUCUAUUCAAUAAGUCUGAGUUAUAUGAAAUUCCAGGCAUCGGAGUGACCCUGCCCAUCAUGUGGUUCUACCUCCUCAUGAACAUCAUCACUCAGUAUCCUUUGGACUCUGCCGUCACCUUUAUGUCAUCUUCAGGUUCUUGUGGCAUAGGAAUGGUCAUUCUUGUCUUCCAACAGUGUGUUGACUUGAAUCUGAUUUUCGCUGGAUUUAUUCUGCAGCAAGCUGGAGACAGAGACCUAUUCAGGGAACUCCUUGUAGAGGGCAGAAGAGGUGCUAGUGGUGCAGUAGAACCCCUUCACCCUGUGGCACUGGCUGGGCACCCUGUUUGUCUUCAUUGGGACCUUAAUGUACACAGAGGUGUGGAACAACCUAGGGACCACAAAAAGUGAGCCUCAGAAGGACAACAAGAAGAACUGAGACCUGCCUGGAGUACGUAGACCAGUGUCGUCGUGAGGCAGGGACCACCGUUUCGCUUUUGUUAAUGCCGAGCUACCCGCAGUGCUGAGCCAGCCAUGCAACAGGAAAUCUUCAGGAGGAGGGGACUUCUCACAUUGCUCAUACUGACACGUGUAGACUGAAUAGAAACCCCUCAGCCCUAAAAUAGAAAAAAGAACAGUUCUGGACUAUUGAACAGCCCAUUCAUUUAUUUGUUUUGUUUACCAAAAUAUUCAGUAUUAUUCUUGUUUAUUGAAUUCUGAGCCUCCAUGAACUACUGGCUUACUAUCCAUGGUCUUGGAAAACAUUGUCCCUUCUGUUGCUGUUCUAAUGCAUCUCUGCCACAGCAGUCAUUGUCAUCCUGUGGCCUUACCCCUUUUGUCUCCCAUCACCUUUUCCUUCCUCAGCAGCACCUCACUGUCAGUCAGACGCUGCAGGCACCACCAUCACCAGGAGUGGCCAAGUAAACUGAGACACCGGUAACUGCGGGGCUGGACUUCCUCCCGCGUUUUGGGAAGGAAACAGAUGUUCCCUUGAGCUGAUUCCCAGUGACACCGGAGCAGCACUAGUGGGACUCCUCUUUCCCAGAUUCUGCUUUUUUUUUUUUCCCUAUGCAAAAGUCAGAUGCUUCUAUCCGUUGCUUUCUGUGGUUAGGGCAGCCCUGCAGCAUAUCUCACAGCAGACACAGUGUUCAUAACAAAGAAAGGUUGUGCCAGGCACGGUGGCUCAUGCCUGUAAUCCCAGCCCUUUGGGAGGCUGAGAUGGGCGUAUCACUUGAGGUCAGGAGUUCAAGACCAAUCUGGCCAACAUGGUGAAACCCCAACUCUACUAAAAAUACAAAAAUUAGCUGGGUGUGGUGGUGCAUGCCUGUAAUCCCAGCUAUUUGGGAGGCUGAGGCAGGAGAAUCACUUGAACCCGGGAGAUGAAGGUUGCAGUGAGCUGAGGUCUUGCUACUGCACUCCUGCCUGGGCGUCAGAGUGAGAUUGUAUCUCAAAAAGAAAGAAAGAAAAGUUGUUAUGGACUGGGCACCCCUGAAGCCCAUUACCUAGGCCACAGUGGUGACAGCAGGAUGUCCCUGCCCAGCACCGCAAGAGCCAUGGCUGCCCCUGUUGGCGCAACCGGGUACUCACAGGGCAGAAGGGUAGGUCUCCAGUGGGAGGAUAAAGCUUCACCACCAGGAGAUUCCCCUCUGCCUGAUGACUCUGAUAGAGUCACGACCAGUCAGGGGAAUGCAUAGAUGGAGAUAUGUAGUGUGUGAUGUGUAAAUCAGCUCAAACCUCAACUACAAUUGAAAGUUGUUAUUUUAUUGCCCUAUAAGGUAUCUUACCAUUCUCGAUGGGUAUUGAGGAUGGUUCGAUGUGCUUUAUUGGAUGUGGAAACAUGCCUGUCUUUGCUAAUCAUUUCAGAGGUCCAGUUUUCCUCUCACGGGACAGUCUUGAGUAGGAGGAACGCUGUCGCUGUAAUAUGCGUAGCUUGUGUGUACUUUUUGUAGUCUGUGUGUGAUCAAAGGGCACGGAAGUGGCUGCGCUUUCACAUCCCCUUUCUUUACUUAGCUCGGACCUUACAUACCAGUACAUGCUCCCCUGUAAGCAGCUGAACUCGCUGGCCACUUCUCCUUUUGCCUAUAGACAAAGACUGUGUGUGUGUGUGUGUGUGUGUUUGUGGUGUGCACAUUGUGUUCUUAAACUGAGACGUGGCUCUCCAGGUCUCCUGGGCUCAUUCCAUGGUGUGGUAUGUUUAUUCCACUGUCCAGAGCUAUUCUCUGAUGGAUUUGAGCUACAGCAGUGGAAAUAAAUGUCCUAGAGUCACCAGGUCGCUUGGAGAAGAAGUCAUUUAAGCUGCCUCGGGUUUUUGUUCCUUAAAAUGUGGAUAUUAUUUCUCCACCUAAAUCACUGAGUUUACAGAGUAAUAAUGUGUUGCUCUGGACAUUGACAGUGUUCUAGAGCCAGUAAUGGGCUCCUCUGAAAGAUGCUCAGUUAGAAGUGAACCCAUUCAUAGGAUCAAAAGCCACUUGCUUUGAAAUAUGUAGACUUCCUCAGAAUUGACGGUGCUAGAAAUAUCCAAGUGUUAUAUAACCUCUUAAAAGCAACAAAAGCUACUUUUUUCUUAUCACCUAAUAGAAGAACCUGUCCCUAGAGGCGACUUGAUUACCACAUAUCUGGAGUCUCUGAACUCUUAAUAGGAUGCAGCCUCACAUACAUAAUAACACCCAUUUUAUGUUGAUGAAAACAUUACAGGUUUUCAUUAUUGGGUAUGUGUUGAUGUGCGCAGACAGCACUUGGGCCCAUUAGGUUUUAGCAUCUGGUCUUAGAGCAUGUGUGUUCAUCUCAAUGUGAAUACUUCAGCCAGUCUUAUGAAUAGGAGGCCAUGCCUGGGCACAGAAUAGGUUAGAACACUCGUACAAGAUGACCACAUAUAGAAGCGGAAAGCCCCAAAUCCCCUGGGAACUGGUUUUUCUCUAGUAGCUGAAUAUAAGGAAAUAUGUCUAAUGGACACCAGUUAAUACUUUUUAAAACUACUCUUAAAAAAAAAAUGUUCCCCUUGGUUAACUGAUUUUUCAAUCCAGGAUGGACAUUUUUUCAACCUUUAUUAAAAGGACAAAUAAACUAUUUUGAAGAUCAGACUCCUACCUAACUGGAAGAGAAAUGUCUAUUAAAUGUCUCUCCUCUUUCUCCGGGUCAAGACCAUGUAAUUUUAUGCUUCAGAGAUGAGGAUAUAGUUUGUUUACAAAGAGUUUAGUCUUUAAGACAUCCAAAACUCUAUGCUAGAGCAAAAAUCAAAUAGCAAAGGACACUGGCCAGAAAAUACGAUGUAUGUGUGUGUGCACCUGUGUGCCUGCUGAAUAACUUGACAGUAUAACAGAUAAGGUAACAGAAGAUGGUGGCUAUUUGAAUUGUAUUAGCUUAAUGUCUGCAUAUCUUUGGCCAAAACUCUAUUGUCAUAUUAGAAACAUGUUAUCUUCUCCAUGUUUAUUAGUUUAUUUUUUAUUGUUUUCUUUUUCAUCCAACUAAAACAACUGUAAUGUACUUGAUACAUUUACAUCAAGUUCUAAAGUAUUUAGACAAAUCCAAAUACUUUGUUUUUAGUUUUUUCCUCCUUUCCAUCCAGUUAACCACAGUGAAAUGCUGCAGUAUUUUGAUUUGGUCAGUGCUCCAGAGGAAGACCAUGAAAGCUGAAAUGUCUGUGCCACCCAGAGUAAACCUCUUUUCUUCUGGAAAGAGGGCGUGAUGUUUUUCAAGGAUUCUAACAAAUAUCUCGCAGUCAUCUCCUGAGCACCUUUCCUCUAUUUCACUUCCGAACUCCUUCCCCCACUUUCUUCACUCCAGUUUCUUCACUUGCAGUGUUUUCUGCUAAGAAAGACCUAUGAUCUUGUAUCUGCUUAUGCCUCUAUUCUUUGGGGCCUCUGGAUGUUUUUGUGGAUUUUUACAGAGUAUUUAUAUCUGCACAGCAUGUAUUUUGUUAUACAUUCUUAUACGCAUUGAUAUUGGGGGGGUACAUUUGUAAUAGUAAGAAUAUCUGGCAGAGUAUGUGAAUGCCAUAUCUGUAGAUGAGGAUGAACAUGAAGGGUUAAUGUAGAAAUGUUUGUUUAUUCUGUUACAGCCCAAAAUGGGGGCUGAGAGUCUGUACCACCAUUCCCUUGUCUAUUUGAGAAUCUGUACCACCAUUCCCGUCUCUAUUUGGGAAACAAUACUUUUCUUAUUUUGCUAUUUUUACCUUCCCAUUAACUGGCUUCACUCAACAGUGCCAGAUACCUAUGGAGAGGGGAAGUAAAACACCUUAGGUCAGGAAUAAUUAUAAACCAAUGAGUUAGCUCAGGGCUGAUGGACAUGUUCACUGGUGGACCAAUUGGCAUUGACCUAAGCAGACAGAAAUGCACCACACGGAGGAGAACCACAUUGAAAUCAAGAUCCUAUGUCUAUUGUAUUUUGUUUUUCUUUGCCUGGAGUAAAUAGCAUUAUAAGUCAUUCCACCCUUAUUAGAUAACCAAAGCAUUUUGGUCUCAAUAGCUUUCUUCUGAAAAAUUUGAAUCUUACGUGUGGCAGUUCACUCUUAAGGUUGAAAGAACUGUCAAUAUAGAUAAAAUCCAUUCCUUAGUAUUGAUUGGCGUGACAUUUGAAAAUAUGUCUAAACAAUAUUUGUAAGUAAAAGAACUAGUCAUAAGCUUCGGAUGUGUUCAGCAUGUACCAAGCUGGAAUGGGAGACUGGCCCCUCUUGGCUUUGUAGCAUGUUGUCUUUUUCCAGCAGCUUCCUCCUAGUAGACAUUCCAGGGAUGAGAGGGGCAGGGAUCAUGUCUUAUUUCUGUAUCGCCAGCCCCUGGCAUAUGGUCUGGCUUAUGUUAUGUGAACAAAUGAAUGCUUGCCAAGAUCUCUUCUUCCCUCACGUUUCUGGAAAACCUGAAGGUUCCUGAUACCUGUUCCCACUCUAUCAGCUGGUUAGCAAGAAAGCAAAUAAGGGGAAACAUUCCUCACAUUCCAAGCAAGAGAAGGAAGAAGGACCAUUGGGAGGAAGUACACCAGCGAUUGCUCAGUGUGCAGCCUGCUACCUCGCCUUUGGUUCUCUGGAUUGCCUGCUGGUAGAAGGGAAGAGCAUUAUGUAGUUAGCACCUUGCAUAUUUGAUGCUCAGGAAGAAAGUGCAAGGAGAUCCCUAAUAGAACAUUAAAGAUUCUUAAAAGGUUCUGAAGUAGGCUGCCUGGGGUGACCAGCCCCCCCGCCCCUUACAUCUCUCCAUAGCUGGUACAGUUAGCUUGCAGCAGGUGAAGCUGAUGCCUGGAGAUCACUGUCUGUCGGUCUGAUCUCAGUAUCAUACUGAGGCACCUCCCCUGAGCCUUAACUACUUAAAUUACUAACCGUCCUACCAAAAUUCGUCAAUUUUAAUCAAAUGAGGCAAGUUGCAAGGGAGCCAGAGAUAUGUGAAAAAAGAAAAGCAGAAAUCCUAAUACUUUCUAAGAAAGAAGUUGUAAUAAUUUCUUUGGCACAUUGACUUACUGAUACCUUUUGAAAUGCAUAGACGACUCUUGUGAACCAAAGAAAGCAGCAGUGGUUAUUCCCCGGCGCAAUAAAAAUGCCUUUGUGUAUCACUUGCGAUUGCCAGUCAUUUCUGUGCCAGUUGCUUUCAUUCCAGAGAAUGGCCUCAGUCUCCAAAAAAAGACUAUGAUUUUUAGAAGUAGGAUUUCCUAACAAAUUAUGUGGUGGGGAGGGACGGUGGGGAUUUUAUUCAUCCCGUCUGAUCUCUUCAUUCAGUACUACCAUUAGGUUUUAAGAACAAAGAUGGGGGAGGAGGGAGUAGAAAGCUGAGAGUAUGUAGAACAGCUACAAGACAUUAGUGGGUAUUCAGAUUUUGAGCUGUGUAAAUAUCAAACAUCGGCUUCCAGCCUUAAGAGUUAUUUGAGCAGAGAGUUAAGGAGAAAUGGGAGAUUUUGUGAAUAAAAUGUUUUGCCAAACUGAA